AAAAACCCAAGAGAGUAAGAAGAAGAAACAAAAUGCAAAGGGUUUAACGAAACGGAGAGAGAGAGAAAGUGAAGUGAAGUAUUAUUCUCUUCUCAAAUCUUAAUCUACACUACUAUACUAUGAAAUUUCUUCAAUCUCUCUUAGGUAAAACCCGUUUUGCAGUGCGAAAUGGGUCACUUCCACGGGUUUCGGGGACCCGAUUCUACAAUGUUCCAGCAGAAGAGUAUAACAGGAGAAACUACGCUAAAAAUGUUCAGGAAUACAACACUGUUUUGGGUUCUCUCAAUGCUCAACGAAGGAUUUUUUUGCUUAGAGAUGUGUAUGAAGAUAUGAUGCUUGAUGGAGUGAGGCCAACCCGUGAAACUUUUCAUGCCCUUGCUGUUGGAUCCAUGAGAGGCUCUAGAAUGCAUGAUGCUUUCUUCUUCAAGGACCAAAUGAAAAUCAUGGGUUUGGUUCCUGAUGUUACUUUCUACAACUUUUUAAUUUCAACCUGUGGGAAAUGCAAGAACUCUGAUCAGGCUGUUCAGAUUUUGGAGGAGAUGAAAUCCAUGGAAGUAAAGCCAAAUGUACAAACCUACAUCUGCUUGCUACAUGCAUGUGCAGCCCAAGGACGCAUAGACCGAGUGCAAAUUAUUGUCCGUGAUAUGACUGCAGCUGGUCUGGGAUUAAAUAAGUUCUCCUAUGCUGGGCUUAUAGUUGCACACCAGAACAAAACACCUUUGACUGAUGAUUUCGAUGCAAAAGUUAUUGAGUAUGUGGGCAGGUCAAAGAAUUGGUCUUCAGUAGAAACUGACAGCGCAAAUGCUGAGAAUGUGAUGGUGGGUGUUACUGAUGAGGAGUUAUAUAACUUACCAACGGCAGAAUACGUUACUAGGCGUGGAGGAUUCUUGAACAGGCCAUUUACUGCAUACCAUACUGCAUUUAAUGCUGCUGCGGACUUCAAGAAUGUUAAGUUGACGGACACACUUCUUGAAAUGCUGGAAAAGGAGAAUAAAACCCCUGAUAUCUAUAUUGUCAUGCAAGUAAUUAGGUGCUAUUGUCAUGCCGGAGAGAUUGACCGUGGUCUUCAAUUUUUUGAGGACUUUCUAGCUUUAGGGAAGGGUAAUGCUGCAGAAAUUUAUGUGACGCUUGCAGAGGGGGCAAUGGUUGGGUACACCGAGAAAGGAAUGCAGAUUUCUAUAGAUAUACUGACAAGAAUGAAUGAAAGAAACUUUUUCAUGAAUUCCAAAAUGGGAAGUGAGCUCCUGAUUAUGGCUGCUGGUGAAAAGACCGGAGGAUAUACUAAUGCUAACUACAUAUGGGACUUGAUGCGAGCUCGUAAUAUAUACCCUUCGUUAGCUGCGGUUGAAGCAUACUACCAGGGUUUGAAAGAUCGACAGAUUCCUCAAGAUGAUCCAAGACUCAUGUUGGUUACUCAAAUGUAUGACAACCUUCGCUCGAGAUUUAGAACUUGAAUGUAUAGAGAUUAACGUUCUUUCCUUUUUGUUAUGAAUUCUGUUAGCUGUUGAUAGGUUUUUCUAUUUUGAAAAAAGAAUCCAUGAGUUGGUUGCUUACCAAGAUUUUUUUUACUUGAUUCAUGUAUGAGUUGAUCCUAGACAUUCAUUCCCAGUCUAAGGUGUAUCUCAUUAAAAACGGUGUACUAGUUCCUUUUUUUUUUAUCAACCGUUGAUUUAUUAUUUAAAAAUAAAUGAAUGGUAGAGAUUAACUU